AAUUGGGAAGCAUUAUUCCACCCAGCACAUACCUUUCAACUGUUCGUAAUAAGCAUCAAAGUUAAAUGUCCAAUCGCAGCAGUAUUGUAUCCAUCUCAUAUCAAUCAAUUCAGGAGUUUUGGUCUGAGAACGCAUAAUGAAGAUUCAAAGAUUGUCCGUAUAGCCCGAGUAUCUCCUGCACGUGGCGCAAGGACCACAAUAUCGUGACCUAGUUAAGAAAGUCUCCAACUACAAACAUAAAAAUUGACAGACCUUUCAAAGACACAAGAGAUCACAAUGGCACUCAAUUUUCUGAAACUUUCUUCAAACGUUUUCGGCGGCCUCUCGGCAGAUUUCAAGAAGAAAAACUUCUCUCUUUACGGGCAGUGGAUUUCCUUGUUCACGAUAAUCUUAUGUUUGGCUCUUGGUGUCGCCAACAUAUUCCACUUCAACUUGGUUAUCAUCUUUUCCGUGCUCGCUAUCAUUCAGGGUAUCAUUGUGCUUUUUGUUGAAGUACCAUUCUUGUUAAAAAUUUGUCCCUUGACAGACACAUUCACCAACUUUGUGCGUAACUUCGACGAUAACUGGCCACGCUGUGGAUUCUACUUGUUGAUGAGCGUGAUACAAUGGUUGAGCUUGGUUCUCAUGUCCACCUCCUUACUUGUUAUUGCUGUCUUUUUCCUUCUUUCGAGUCUUUGCUACCUUUUUGCUGCCUUAAAACAUCAGGAUUACAUAAAGACUAGUUUCAACGUGGCUGGUGAGAACCCAGAUUUGGAAAGCCAGGCCGCAGCUCACGUGGUUAGAAAUGUGUUGUAGUCACACCUUAUUUCUGAUGAAUGAAAGUAAUUUAGAUCAAAUUGCGUUUAACCAAAUUACGUUCGAACAAUGGCCAGGGGAAGUUUGGAGAUUGAUGAAUCCAUUCCUGAAGAGUUCUAUCGCUUAACAUCACAAUGAGACACCGGGGAUUUCUUGCUCUUGCAAAUGUAUACACUGAAUUGAUUUUAAUGUCGCUGUUUCGAAAAAAAAUAAUUGUGGAGUGUUGCAUUGGCUUUUACGUAAUCAAAUAGUAAAGCUUGCCCGCCCCAAAUUGACAACCCACUUUGUAGAACAAUCGGCAAGUCCAUCAGUAGACAGGAU